CGUGGGUCUCCAUACUUCUCCCACCCACCUUCACGCCCCUUCUCUUUUCAUUUAAUACCAAUCCUAUCCUCCUCCUUUUUACUUCUCUUGACUCUGUCUCUCUCUCUAAAUAUCUCGCCGGCGAUGGCCGGGACUAACGCCACCUGCCUCUCUCACCUUCCCGAUGAGAUCCUCACCAACGUAUUUGCUGCCGUAUCCGACACUCGCACUCGCAACGCCCUCUCCCUCGUCUGCCGGAGCUUCCGCCGUCUCGAGAGGAGGACUCGCACCUCCCUCACGCUCCGCGGCAACGCGCGUGACCUUCAUUUCAUCCCUAACUGCUUCAGCUACGUCACCGACCUCGACCUCUCUCUCCUUUCUCCUUGGGGCCACGGUCUCUUCUCCAUCUCCUCUUACUCCGAUCCGGGUCUCCUCGCCCACCGCCUUCGCAACGCUUUCCCGGACGUCACUUCACUCACCGUCUACGUUCGCUCUGCCACCACGCUCCAGCUCUUGCUUCUUGUUCCCUGGCCAGAAUUGCGCCACGUCAAGCUCGUCCGGUGGCAUCAACGGCCGUCGUCGGCGCCCGGGUCCGAUUUCGCCGUAUUGUUCGAGAAAUGCAAAUCACUGUGGUCUCUGGACCUAUCCAGCUUCUACCACUGGACAGAGGAUCUCCCUCCGGUUCUGACGGCUAAUCCGGUUACGGCCGCCUCGCUAAAGAGGCUGAAUCUGCUGACGACGUCGUUUUCUGAGGGAUACAAGUCUCAUGAUAUCCAGUCCAUCACUGCGGUUUGCUCGAACCUUGAGCACCUUCUGAUAGCUUGUACCUUCGAUCCAAGGUACCUUGGGUAUGUUGGAGAUGAAGCUCUGUUAGCAGUAGCUUCGAAUUGCCCCAAGCUAUCGCUUCUUCAUCUUGUCGAUACAUCGUCGUUGGCUAACCGGAGGGGCAAUCCUCUCGACGAAGGGUAUACUGCGGAGGAUGCUAGGAUUAGCCGUACAGCACUAAUUCAGCUGUUUUCCGGGCUUCCUUUGCUUGAAGAGCUGGUGCUAGAUAUUUGUAAGAAUGUGAGAGACAGUAGCUUUGCCUUGGAAGUGCUGAAUUCCAAAUGCCCCAAGUUGAAGGUACUCAAGUUAGGCCAAUUUCACGGGAUUUGCUUGGCCAUUGGGUCACAGCUCGAUGGGAUUGCCCUUUGUCAAGGACUUGAAUCUUUGUCGAUUAAGAAUUGCGCAGACUUGACGGACAUGGGUUUGAUAGAGAUUGCCAGAGGCUGCACAAGAUUGGUCAAGUUUGAAGUACAGGGAUGCCAGCAUAUAACGGAGAAAGGGCUCAGGACGAUGGCUUGCCUACUCCGCAAGACUCUGAUUGAUGUUAAGAUUUCUUGCUGCUUGAAUCUUGAUACCGCUGCAUCUCUGAGAGCCAUAGAGCCAAUUCGUGAUCGGAUCGAGCGGCUUCACGUGGAUUGUGUAUGGAAUGACUUGAAAGCAACUGAUAACCUGGGGAAAACCAUACUUGCUUUCGACCUCAAUGGGUAUGAUGAUCCGUGCUCUUCAACCGCUCAGGUUGCUGAAGAAUUCGGGGAUUACUUUGGGAGCAGUGAUGAUUUAGAAACAAGCAAAAGCAAGAGGCAGAGAUGCGAUUAUUCGAUGGAGGACAAUUGGAGCAAUGGUAACGGUUAUUGGUGCAACAGCUGGGACAGGUUGAAAUACCUUUCUCUUUGGAUAGGAGUCGGGGAGCUGUUGACUCCACUGCCAAUGGCAGGGCUGGAAGAGUGCCCCAGCCUUGAAGAGAUUCGUAUCAGGGUUGAAGGAGAUUGCCGAGAUCGGCCGAAACUGACCGAACGUGAAUUUGGGCUGAGCAUUCUCACAUGUUAUCCUCAGCUCACAAAGAUGCAGUUAGAUUGUGGGGAGACAAGAGGUUAUGCUCUCACAGCACCUUCAGGGCAGGUGGAUUUGAGCCUAUGGGAGAGGUUCUUCCUCAAUGGUAUAGGCACUUUGACACUUGAGGAACUUGAUUACUGGCCACCUCAAGAUGAAGAUGUCAACCAAAGGAGCCUGUCUCUUCCGGCUGCUGGCUUGCUCCGAGAAUGUGACACUCUGAGGAAACUCUUCAUUCACGGAACAACCCAUGAGCAUUUCAUGAAUUUCUUCCUCAAGAUAAGCAACCUGAGGGAUGUGCAGCUGAGGGAGGAUUAUUAUCCAGCCCCAGAGAAUGACAUGAGCACAGAGAUGAGAGUGGCUUCUUGCAGCCGCUUUGAAGAUGCUUUGAAUAGGCGUCCAAUCUAUGAUUGAUCCAAAUUAUGCUUGGAAGCAAGGAUGAGGAACAAAAGAUUCUAGUCAAGGUUGUGUGUGUAAUGUGCAGUUCAUCAUAAGUACCAUUCUCUUUACAAUUCUAUCAGUAACAAUGCGAGGUUCUGGUCCAAAUUUUGUCAUGAAUAUAGCAAUACAUGCCAAUACAAGAAUUAGGUAUGUUCGUUUAAGUGGACAGGAAAUAUGCAGGCAAAAGAUACAAAAUUCAA